CCACCGUUUUCUUUUUGUGCUUCCAGCGAUUGUGCUGGGCUGAUCUUUGUGCCUGACUCUCCUGACUCUUGAGACGUCACCAAUCCCGUCGUGAUUUGAAUGCUUACUUAAUUGCUCGCUCUAUCGCGGGGAGAGAGGCUAAUUUUGAACCACGAACUCCACGACCCCAAAAUUGUUUUCUUGGAGGCCGUUUGCUGGAUAGCUGGCCUCGUAGCUACGACUGGUAGCUGUUUCAGCAAGGGAGAGAAGCCUGGGAUCUGAGGCCCCGCAUUCUUGCCUUCACUUGUGGCUCGAUUUGACUUCUCCUAUUUCUCAGUGCACAGUUCCCGGCUUGCGGAGAGCGUUGUCUACACCAAAGAAUUAGAGAUCUUCGCUUCUCUGCAUCAUGGCGGCCCUCAAUGUGAAUGGCACCUUGCCCGAGUUGGCUGAGCAACAGGCUGAGGACUCCGUCCAGGAGUCCAGAAUCCUCAUUAUCAUGACUGGUGGUACUAUCUGUAUGCGACCAUCGCCGUCGGGAUUUGUACCAGCCAGAGGUUUCCAGGAGCAAUGUCUGGCCCGGGUGCCUACGUUCAAUGAUGGUUCGCUCACGAGUAUGAUGAACGUGGUUAUCAACGCAGCCGGAGAGGUCAAAGGUCAUUCAUCCCUUCGCACCCCACAGACAGCAUAUGGGCGCCGGGUGCGAUACACCGUCUUCGAAUUUGAAGAGCUCCUCGACAGCAGUUCUAUCGACGCGAAGGGUUGGGCCGAGAUCGCUCGGACUGUCGAGCGGAACUACACGCUUUUCGAUGGAUUCGUUGUCCUCCACGGCACGGACAGUCUAGCAUACACAUGCUCGGCUCUCAGCUUCAUGCUGCAAAACCUCGGAAAGCCCGUGAUUCUCACAGGAGCACAAGCCCCCAUGCUUGAGUUGCAGAACGAUGCCACGGAUAACCUCCUCGGAUCACUGGUUGUGGCUGGCCACUUUAUGAUUCCCGAGGUGUGUCUCUAUUUCAACAACAGACUGUUCCGUGGCAAUCGGUCGAUCAAGGUCGCGGCCAGUGAUUUCGCUGCCUUUGACUCUCCGAACUGUCCUCCGCUGGCCGUGACAACCUCCAUGCGCACCAACGUCAACUGGGAGCUAGUCAAUCGGCCCAGGAGCCUCGAACAUUUCCGAAUUCAAACUAACCUGGACACGACCCACGUCGCGUGUCUCCGUAUAUUCCCUGGUAUCAAGCCAGAGAUGGUUGAUGCUGUGCUGAAGCUGGAAGGGCUUCGUGGUCUAGUUUUGGAGACGUUCGGCGCCGGCAACGCACCCAGUGGUCAAGACAAUGCCAUGACCAAUGUGCUGGCGGCCGCUAUCAAGCGAGGAAUUGUGAUCGUGAACGUCACGCAAUGUCUGACGGGAAGCGUCAGUCCGGUCUAUGCUCCGGGCAUGAGCCUCUCGCGAGCCGGGGUUGUCGCAGGACUCGACCUGACUACCGAAGCUGCGCUGACCAAGCUGGCGUAUCUCCUUGCCCUUCCCGACUCUACCCCCGACUGGGUGGCUAAGCAGAUGGCUGUCUCUCUUCGCGGGGAAUUGACGGAAGUGUCGCAACCGGUCUUCCGCCACCCGGACGGGGCGCUCCCGGAGCGCGUCCAGUCCCUCACUGUGCUGGGAUACGCCAUCGCGCAGGGCGAUCUUGAGCGCGUGCAGGAGAUCGUAGCCAGAGAACACCAUUGGCUGUUGAAUGACGCCGAUUACUCAGGCAACACACCUAUCCACCUUGCGGCGACAUCCCAGUCGAUUGACAUCCUCCGAUACCUGCUUCUCCAAGGUGGUUCUGUCCACUUGCGGAACCGCAAUGGCCGCACGCCGUUGUUCCUGGCGGCCAAUGCCGGGCUAUCAGAGCACGUGCUGCUGCUACGCAAGUCUGGAGCGCAUUUGCACUCCGACGAACGCACGGCGGCGCAGCUGCUGGCCCGGCGCCGUCCAGGCGUCUGGGGGUUGGCCGGGAUUGGGCCGCGGGAGGUGAGCGAGCGCGAGAUGGAGGAAUUGGAGGAUUCGAACGAUUCUAUAGGACGCAUGGCACAACGAGUAAUGGCGGGAUCGGCACCAUGAUGAUGGCGAUCAAUUAAGGAUAGAGUUUCGAUUGUUAGAGUCACCCUUUGAGGCGAAAGCGUUGUUCUAAGAUCCCAGUAGUCCGAGCAUAUUCCCUUCAGGUACCGCGCAGUAUACAGAGAGAACGAAGGGCAUGUUAUGAC